AUGUCCUCCGCUACCAACCUCCGUUUAUUGUCGUGGGACUGCGCCGACGACCCGCUGGAUUUCGGCGCGUUCGCCGGCGCCGCGUUCCUCCCGCUACAGCGGCGCGCGGCGAAGCGGGAACCCGCGGUGUCGCCGGAGGCCGUUCAGGCGCGCGCCGUUGACGAGCGGGGCGGCGGCGCGGCGGAGGAAGAGGAGAAGGCGCCCGCCGCCAAGAAAGGAAAUUCAAAUAAUCAUUCGGAUAAGAAGACUGUCAAAAUAAUGACAUACAAUGUAUGGUUCCGAGAGGAAUUGGAACUGAUUAGAAGGAUGAAUGCUAUUGGAGAUCUUAUUCAGCAUCACAGCCCAGAUCUUAUAUGCUUCCAGGAGGUCACUCCAAACAUUUAUCUGCUUUUCGAAAAAUCGGAUUGGUGGCAAGCUUACAAAUGCUCCUUGCCGCAUGAGAUGGCCAUGCAAAGACCAUAUUACAGCAUGCAGAUGAGCAAGUUGCCUGUGAAGUCGUUUGACCGCAAACCAUUCUAUAACUCAAAAAUGGGACGGGAGCUGUGCAUAGCUGAUGUGACUGUUGGAGGUGUGAUCAAGUUGGUGGUGGCUACAAGCCACCUUGAGAGCCCAUCCCCUGGACCUCCUACUUGGGACCAGAUGUUCAGCAAGGAAAGAGUAGGCCAGGCAAAUGAAUCUGUGAGGACUCUGGGAGCCUUCCGCAAUGUAAUAUUCUGCGGGGAUACAAACUGGGAUGACAAGGGAGAUGGGCCCUUCCCCCUACCAGAUGGGUGGAUCGACGCUUGGGAUGAGUUGAAGCCCGGCGAAAAUGGCUGGACCUACGACACGAAAGCUAACGUCAUGCUAUCUGGUAACCGUAAGCUGCAGAAGAGGCUGGACCGGUUCGUGUGCAAGUUGUCGGAUUUCAAGGUCGAGAGCAUCGAGAUGAUCGGGGAGGAAGUGAUACCAGGUGUCACGUACAUCAAGGAGAAGAAAGUUCGCCAGGAGAUCUGUCAGCUGGUGUUACCUGUCUUACCCAGCGACCACUUCGGGCUUGUUCUGACUAUCAGCUCUCAGUCUGAGAAGAUCUGA